CAGCCCCACCAGUCUGUGGGGGAGAAAAGCCGCUGGUUCAAUGAAGUGAUCUAUUCAACUCAGUGUUUCUCUCUCUUGCUCUCUUCAUUAAUUACAUACUGUCCUGCCUUUUCAUCCUUUCUGUCUUUUGUUUUCUGUCUCUCUUACUUUUUAUUCCUCUCCUUCUUAUUCUGGCUGGCUGAGCUCUGACAAGGGAAUAGAAUCAAGAGUUUGGGAGAGGAAAAGGACAUUUGGGAGCGAGAUGGCGGGUGGGACGGUGGCGAUGUUCCUGUAUGGAUUCCUGCUCCUGUCUCUGUGGAAACCUUCACUGCAAGGAGGUGUGUACAUACCUGCUGGUGUAGGUGAAGGAGCUGGGGCUGGAUUAGGAGCUGGAGCAGGAGGCAGAGCUGGAUUUGGUCCAGGUGGACCUGGCACCAGUUUUGGGCCUGGUGGUGUAGGCACUGGAUAUGGGCCAGGUGGUGUAGGCACUGGAUAUGGGCCAGGUGGCGGAGCCGGAGUUGGAUCAGGAGGUGUAGGUGGAGCUGGCGCUGGUCCAGGAGGUGCAGGCUUUGGCCCUGGAGCCGGUGGAGGUUACACCAAGCCAGGGAAGACGGGAGCUGGCUAUGGUGGUCAGGUUGUAGGCCAAGGCCAAGGAGGACUGGGGACUGGAGGUCUGGGGGAAGGAAGAGUUAGACCAGAAGGAGCUGGGGCCGGACCAGGAGGUUAUGGACAUGGCGGUGGUUUAGGAGCUGGAGGCCUUGGAGCAGGACCUGGCAAUGGAGGUUGGGGUCCUGGAGGACAGGGGGCUGGACUAGGAGCUGGAGGUCUGGGAGGAGGAGGUCUUAGACCAGGAGCCAGACCAGGAGGUUAUGGACCAGGUGGUUAUGGGCCUGGUGCUGAUCUUAGUCUGGGCGGGGCUGUAGCUGGAGGUCUUGGUGGUGGUUACGGACUUGGCGGGGGUCUAGGUGCCGGAGGCCUUGGAGCAGGAGCUGGAGGAAAGCCAGAGAAGGCAGGAGCUGGCUACGGUGGUAGAGAUCCAGGAGGACAGGGGACUGGACUAGGUGUUGGAGGUUUUGGACCAGGUGGCUAUGGACCAGGUGGAGCUGGUGCUGGACCAGGUGGCUAUGGGCUUGGUGUUGGUCUUGGUCCUGGUGGAGCUGGUCCUGGAGUUUUUGGUGGUGGUUAUGGACCCGAUGGAACAGGAGCUGGCUAUGUAGGUCGCAGUCCUGGGGGACAGGGGGCUGGAUUAGGAGCUGGAGGCUAUGGACCAGGUGGAGCUGGACCAGGAGGAUAUGGGCCUGGUUCUGGUGUUGGCCAGGGUGGAGCUGGUCCAGGUGGUUUUGGUGGUGGUCUUGGAGCUGGCGGACAAGGAGACGCCCUUGGAGCUGGGUAUGGAGGCCUCGGAGCUGGGGGACUGGGAUCCAGAGGUACAGGUCAGGGGGCUGGAGGACUUGGAGCAGGCCAAGGUCUUGGAGCCGGCCAAGGAGAUGGAUACAGACCUGGAGGAGGAUAUGGUGGUGCUGCUGGUGGUCUGUACCCUGGAGCUGGAGGGGCGGGGGCAGGCCAGAAACCUCCCAAAACAGGAGCAGGAAGCACACUAGGAGGAGAUGGAUAUGGGCCUGGUGGUGCUGGUGGAUAUGGGCCUGGUGGCGCAGGUGGACAUGGGCCUGGUGGCGCAGGUGGACAUGGGCCUGGUGGCGUAGGUGGACAUGUGCCUGGUGGCGUAGGUGGACAUGGGCCUGGUGGCGCAGGAACUGCGCCUGGUGGCGCAGGAACUGGGCUUGGUGGCGCAGGAACGGGACCUGGUGGCACAGGUGGAUAUGGUCCUGGUGGCGCAGGAACUGGGCCUAGUGGCGCAGGUGGAGUUGGCCUUGGUGGUUUUGGGCCUGGUGGCGCAGCAGUACCAGCUGGAGCACCAGUACUUCCACAGACUGGAGUCCCUGGGGGUGGAGCUAGAGAGAAGAGCGGUUGGAAGGCCAACAAACAAGUGCCAGGUGUUGGAGUUCCUGGACUUUAUCAAGGUGGAAUAGUGCCUAGUCAAGGUUUCGGAGGGCGUGGGGUUCUACCAGGUGUUGCCACUGGAUCCGGACUUGCUCCCCAGACAGGGGCAGGUGUGCUGGGCCAGGGUGGAGUUGGAGCUGGCACUGGAGCUGGAGGUGGCCGAGGCAGUUUAAAUGGAGUGUUCCGUGGAUAUCCCCUCAUAUCACCUAAAUCUGGAGGGGCUGGAGGCAAAUCAGCUAAUUCCCAGGCCAAGCUUGCUGCUAAAUAUGGGGGCAUGUCAGGAGCAGGAGGAGUACCUAGCGGUGUACCUGGAGCAGGUGGGGUCCCUGGUUAUGGAGUUGGAGUUGGAGCUGGAGGUGUACUUCGUCAAGGGGGCAUGGCCGGAGCAGGAGGAGUACCUAGCGGCGUACCUGGAGCAGAUGGGGUCCCUGGUUAUGGAGUUGGAGCUGGUGGUGUACCUGGUUACGGAGGUGGAGCAGGAGGCAUACCUGGAUUCGGAGGCGUAGCCAGAGCAGGAGGCGUACCUGGUUACGGGGGCGGAGCCGGACCAGGAGGCGUACCUGGGGCAGGGGGCGUCCCUGGCUCAGGUGGGUAUGGAUACCCAGGGGGUUACCCAGGUGGAGGGCGGUACCCAGGGGCUGGCCUAGGUGUAGGAGGUGCCUACCCCGGAGGAGCUGGAUCUAAGGCAGCCAAAUAUGGUCAGGGUGGAGCAGGCACUGGAGCUGGUGGUGGGCUCAGCCAGGGAGUGCCUGCAUCUGGGAUUGGAACCGGAAGACUGCCUGGUGGGGCUGGAGGGGAACCAGGAGGCGGUUACAGGCCUGGCGGUAGCUUCGGUCCUGGAGGUGGAGUUGGACCAGGGGGGGCCAGUUAUGGACCAGGUGGGGCCGGCUAUGGACCAGGUGGAGCUGGACCUGGUGGUUAUGGACCAGGUAGUGCUGGAAGUUAUGGAACAGGUGGAGGGGUUGGACCAGGUGGUGCCGGGGAAGGACAUGGUGGAGCUGGCUAUGGACCAGGUGGAGGAGUUGGUGGAGUGCCUGGUGGUGGAGACAGACCCGGAGGUGGUUUACCUGGUAGUGGUGCUGGUUACGGACCUGGUGCUGGUGUUGGAGGAUAUGAUGCAAAUGCCAAAGCUCGUAAAUAUGGUAUGCUAAGUGGUGUCUUUGGGACCCCAGGAGGAGGACAGGCAGCCAGCCUGGGAGGAGUACCAGGAGGGGGAGCAGGGACUGGAGUAGGCCAGGGUGGAGUGCCUGGAUCUGGGCUUGGUGGUGGUGGAGGUGUCCCUGGUGGUUAUGGUCCUGGAUUUGGACCUGGCCGUGGAACCGGUGAUGGUUAUGGACCAGGAGUGGGUGCUGGGACUGGACUUGGCCAGGGAGCUGGGCCUGGAGCUGGGCUUGGUGCUGGUGGAGUGCCUGGUGGUGGAUACACACCCAGAGGUGGUUUACCUGGUAGUGGUGCUGGUUACGGACCUGGUGCUGGUGUUGGAGGAUAUCCUGCUGGGGCUAAGUCUCUGAAAUACGGUCCAGGAGGAGGUGGAGGAGCUCCGGGUGGAGGCCUUGGUGGGCGAUUCGGUGCCCCGGGAGGAGGUCUGCCAGGAGGAGGCUACGGACCAAGGGCAGGAGGCGCUUUAGGAGCAGGAGAAGCAGGAGCAGGAGGAAGAGUGCCUGGGGGUGGAUACGGGACCGGAGCUGGGCCUGGUGCAGGGUAUGGAGCAGGAACAGGGCCUGGAGCUGGAGCAGGGUACGGUCAAGGAGCAGGAGGAGUCCCUGGAGGAGGCUAUGAAGCUAGGGCAAGAGCAGGAGGACUACCUGGGGCCGGAUAUGGACCUGGAAGAGGAUAUGGAGCCGGAUCAAAAGCUGCUAAAUAUGGACAAGUUGCUGGUGGGGCCGGUGGGGCCCUUGGAGGAGCUGGACAAGGAUUCGGAGGGGUACCAGGUGGCUAUGGACCAGGUGGCGUCGGAGCCGGACCAGGUGGCUUCGGAGCCGGACCAGGUGGCUAUGGAGCCGGACCAGGUGGCUAUGGAGCCGGACCAGGUGGCUUUGGAGCGGGGGGCGGAGCAGGAUCAGGAAGGGUGCCAGGCUAUGGUACUGGAUCUGGAUUUAAGGCAGACAAAUACGGACCAGGUGGGGCAGGAGGGGCCCUUGGUGCUGGGGCAGCUGGAGGUGCAGGGGCUGGGACAGGGGCUGGGACCGGGACCGGAGCUGGGACAGGUGCUGGAGGAGGUGCAGGACCUACACCUGGCCCUGGCACAAGAGCAGGAGGAGAUGGCACUAUGACAGGAGCAGGAGGAGACAGGACAGGCGCAGGAGGAGCAGGCACAGGAGGUGAGCCUGGUGGUGCCGGUGGGGUUCUAGAAGGAUCUGGAAGUUCUGGUGGCCCAGGAGAUGGCACCGGCGUCACAGCUGGUGCUGUUGGAGGAGGGGUGGGAGACACAGGAAUCCCUAGCAUUGGAGGAAAACCAGAUCAAUCGGGACUCGGGGGGACAGCAAUCCCAGGUGGAAUUGCAGUGCCAGAAACUGGGGCUGGAGUUGUUCAACCCAGUGCUGGAGCUGGAGUUGAUGGGGUAGGAGUUCCCUCUGGAGGUUCGGAAACAGGCAUCGGUAUUGGUGCCGGCGGAAAACCCUCUAAAGAAAGACAAGCAGGUGCUGCUAACGGUGAUAUCACUGGAGGGGGCACUCUACCUGGAGCUAAACCUCUGAAGGCUCCAAGAGGAGAUACACCUGGUGAAGGAGAGGGAGAUGCAGGAGGAGGAGCAGGAGGUGUUGGUGGAGGUCCUGAUGGUGCAGGAGGAGCAGGCAGUGGAUCUGGCGGAGUAGGAAGAGAUGGUGAUGGUAGAGGAGGAGGACCAGGAGGAGCAGGCAGUGGAUCUGGCGGUGUAGGAAGAGAUGGUGAUGGUAAAGGAGGAGGAGGACCAGGAGGAGCAGGGGGGAAAGACGGUGGUGCAGUUAGAGUGGGAGGAAGUCCUAACGGUACAGGGGGAGCUGGAGGUUCAGGAGUUGGAGGAGCAGGAGUAGAACCUGGAGGAGUUGGAGGAGGUGCAGGACCAGGCAGUAGUGACAAACCACCCAAAGCUUUAGGUUAUGGAGCAGGUGGGGAUGGCAGUCUGGGUGCAGGAGGUGCUGGAGGAGCAGCUCUGGUCCCUGGGAGUGGUGGUGCUGGUGAUGUAGGAGCUGGAACCCCCAAACCAGGAAAAAGCUACGGAGCUGGUGGAGUCCUGCCAGGUGGAGGUCUACGUUACCCAACUGGGGCUAGAGAAGGACUGGGCUCAGGGAAGCCGGGCAAAGGAUAUGGUGCUGGCCAAUUUGGAGCAGGAAGACGACGUCCUGGAGGAUAUGGUGCCGGACCAGGCGGAUACGGAGCCAGUCCUGGAGGAUAUGGCACUGGACCCGGUGGUUAUGGGGCCAGACCCGUUGGUUAUGGUGCUGGUCCAGGUGGUUAUGGGGCUGGAGCUGGUCCUGGUGGCUAUGGUGCUGGGCAAGGUGGCCAUGGUUCUGGGCCAGGUGGCUACGGGACAGGGGCUGGGCCUGGAGGAUAUGGAUCCAAACCAUACAAGACUGGAGGUGCUGGAGCCGGUGGUGUUGGUGGAGGUCUGGGUGGAGCUGGCAGCCUGGGUGCCAUAGGAGCCGGACCAGGAGGAGUGGGUGGAGGUCAAGGAGGCGGUCUAGGUGGAGGUCAAGGUGGAGCUGGACCAGGUGGAUAUAUACCAGGUGGAGUUGGUAGCAGAUACCCCACAGGUGCUGGAACAGGCUAUGGGAGAGCUGUUGGAGCUGGAGAUGGGCUUGGUGGUUAUGGUGGCGGAACAGUUGGUUAUGGACCAGGAGGAACCGGGGCCGGACUAGGUGGGGCUGGGGCCGGGCAAGGUGGAUAUGGUGCCGGACAUAAAGGUUAUGGACCAGGUGGAGCAGGGCCGGGAGGAGCUGGGGUCAGACCAGGUGGAGCAGAGGCCAGACCUGGUGGCUAUGGUGCAGGGCCUGGAGGUUAUGGGCCUGGGGCUGGUCUUGGUCCUGGAGGUUAUGGGGCUGAACCUGGUGGCUAUGGACCAGGUGGAGCAGGGCCAGGAGGAGCUGGGGUCAGACCAGGUGGAGCCAGACCAGGUGGAGCAGAGGCAGGACCUGGUGGCUAUGGUGCUGGGCCUGGAGGUUAUGGGCCUGGGGCUGGUCUUGGUCCUGGCGGAGCUGGUCCUGGAGGUUAUGGGGCUGGACCUGGUGGCUAUGGACCAGGUGGCGCUGGAUCUCAUAAAUAUGGUAUGCUAAGUGGUUCCCUUGGAGGGGGACAAGCAGCUGGCCAGGGAAGAGUGCCAGGAGGGGGAGCAAGGACUGGGCUAGGUCAGGGAGGAGUGCCUGGAGAGGGAGCAGGUACCGGGCUAGGCCAUGGAGGAGUGCCUGGAUCUGGGCUUGGUGGCGGUAGUAGUCCGGGUGCUGGGUAUGUACCUGGCAUUGGAACCCAUGGAGGUUAUGGACCAGGAGGUGGUGCUGGGACCGGACUUGGUCAGGGAAGAGCCGGGGCCGGACCAGGUGGCUAUGGACCACCUGGAGCUGGGGCUGGACAGGGAACUGGAGCUGGAGGGUAUGACGCAAAUGCAAAAGCUCGUAAAUAUGGUAUGCUAAGUGGUACCAUUGGAGGAGGACAAGCAGCUGGCCAGGGAAGUGUGCCAGGAGGGGGAGCAUGGACUGGAGUAGGCCAGGGUGGAGUGCCUGGAUCUGGGCUUGGUGGUGGUGGAGGUGUCCCCAGUGGUUAUGGUCCUGGAGCUGGAUUUGGACCUGGUGGUGGAACUGUUGGUGGUUAUGGACCAGGAGGGGGUGCUGGGACCGGACUUGGCCAGGGAGGAGUUGGGGUCGUACCAGAUGGCUAUGGGACUGGGCCUGGUGGUUAUGGACCAGGUGGAGCCGGACAGGGUGCAGUGAAGCCAAACAAAUCAGGUUAUGGCUCCUCCUCCUCGGGUGGAGCUCUCUUUGGACCAGGUGGUGGAGCAGGUGGGGUACCUGGUGCUGGAGCUACCGGGAGAAGAGGAGGAGUACCAGGAGGCUACGGAGUAGGAGAAGCGGGACAGUCAGGGCAGAAAUCAAAGGCACAGAAGGCAGCCAAAUACACAGCCAUGCAAGGCUUCCUGGGAGCACGCAGCUACAGAGGGGUCGCCAACUGCCAGGGUAUAUACUGCGGACGGAGGAGGAAGUGAGAGAGCAGCAAAAAGAAGUGACCUCAUCAACAACAUUGUGGUGCUACUGCAUGAUUCAAGAAUGUACUGAUUUUCAACUACUAAUAUGUCCCUUUUUUCUUUUAAAGUGUGAAUCUCGGGCAAUGGCAAAACCAGAGCCUGUUUGAUCUUUUAUUCUGAAACUGUGAUCAUGUGUUUAUUGUUCCUCACCUGUACCCCUUUAGCCCCUCCUGUGUGUACCCCAUUUACCCAUUUAGCUCCACCAAGAAUCAUGUUUGUUUAAAACACUGAUACUAAGGCGUCCCACAACGGAGUGCCUCUAGACCUGUCUGUAUGCUGACUAAACUGUCUGUUUUCUGAUUAAUGUGACUAACAUCCCUCUAUAAAGCUAUGCUAUUGACACACAGGCCCAGACUUACUCAACAUUUGCACCUGCACUUUUCAAUAUACCUAGUUUUUGUUCAAGUUGUUUAGUUGCAAACAUUUACAAUAUCUGGCCCAAGGAGUCUUGAGAUAUAUACACACACUGCUGCCAUAAAUUAAAAUCAUAGGAGAUCUCUUUAGAGUGGUAAUCUUACAACCACCAUUUUUGAUUUAGAACUGUGUCUACUCUGAACCCUCAAAAGCAGUGUGUGUCCACAGCAACGCUCAUGUUCUAACUCUGAUUCUAGUUUCAGCAGUUCUCAAAAAAAGGAGCUUAUUGCCCUUAGAGCCAUUAGUAAAGGUUUUAAGAUCUUAUAUGCAGUCGUGUAUAAUGCCUUUACAGAAUAUAUAUAGUAAGGUUUAACUAAGCCACUUGCCUGAAAUAUUAUCAACAUCUUUCUGAAUGGCUGUAUAACACUGAAUUGCUGUGAGUGUUUUGAAUACUUAAUCACACCGAUAUGACUGUGUUAGUACAGCCAUAGUUGAGAUGACUGAAAAUGCAAACGUAUAUUUUCUUUGUUUAAAAUCCUCAUCUUGGCUUUACUGAGAGCAACAGUACCUACAUGACAUUUGCAGUUGAUUAAAACUAAUAUUAUAAUCAUGCUCAUCUCCACAGAUUGGCCUGUUUUCAGACCUAUCACCGUAAAACAUAAUUCUGUUAACUCAAAUUAUUUGAAAAACUGAUUUCCUUGACUCAUUAAAUUAAAGCAACACAUUUUUUGUAAGUUACCAGUACUCAGUUAAUUUAGUUUUAGUGACUUAGAAGAUUAUGUUAAACAGUAGAGAGCAUAUAACUGCAGACUGUUGACAAAAGCCCAACGUUUUUACGCGCGUUAAUUCACCCAGGAAAUAGAAUGCAUGGGAGAGAAUGAGAGACAACAGAUGGGCCUCACCGGUGUCAUUACACAUCAGUUUAGAAGGAAGUCUAUUUCUCUCCACAUCUACAAGAAGCAAUGCUGGUAAAAUUCGCAAAUAAAUUGCCAGAAAAUAGACUGUUUUCAUCGUUAUGUCUGGAAAUGUGAAAUGUAUAGUUAAAAAGUGUCUAUUCAGUGUUGAUCAGUUUAACUGCCAAUACAUAUUUGAAAACAAAUACAUAGAAUUUCAAUCACAGGCAUAUAGCCUAGGCCAGGGGUCUCCAAACUUUUCUAGCCUGAGUUACUUUAAGAAAAAUGUGACAUGUCGCUUCUCCUCUCCCAUUCAACUCUUCCUCAGGUCCUUAGUGUAUAAGAGAAAGUAGUGCACGGUUUCCUGUCAAUAUACCUGGUAAAAUAAGGAUUAAUAAACAGCAAGGGGAGACCUAUAAAGUCAGAUUUGUUUUCUCCAAAAUUAUGUUUUCAAUUCCCCAAAAUACGUUUUCUCUGAUUUAUAUUUUCUGGUUUAAGAUGUUGAUUUUACUCUCAAAAUUACAAUUGUUCAUAGAGAACUUUGCUCUGAGGACAUGUCAAUGGUUAAAUCACAUCAGGAUACCUUUUUUUGGGGGGGGGAAACAAAUAGAUUUCCCCUUUAUUGUGCAUCUAGCAAGUAAGGAAUGUGCCUUCUAAUGUGCCAGUCUGGCGAUGGUUCUGUACUCCUGCUGCUGCUCAUUUAAUGGCAAAGUUAGUAAAUAACAAAUAGAUACAAAUGAUAUCUUUACUUAUGAUAAACUUCUGCCUGGUAAGCCUACUGUCAGCCCACAAGACGGUUAUCGCAUCACCUGGCUACACACGGAGUGAUUGACAACGCGCCACACCAUAUACAGUAGACAGACAGGCAAUACUACCGGAAAUGAAUUGUCAGAUAUUGUGAAGGUUUAAUUCUUUAUGCCAAUAGUGGCUAACAAGGGGUGGAAUAAUGUCAAUGUUGCGUUGUUUAGAUAAGUGGUAGCUUGCAGUGUCGGAUGGGAGAUUUGUUUAUGACAGUUUGCGAUGGAACAGAUGAAAAAUUGCAUAUACUUUCAGAAUUGUUUGGUGAGCUACUCAUAGGUGAGCUGCGAGCUACUGGUAGCUCAUGAACAACCUGCUGUAGACCCCAGGCCUUGGCAGACUACGGCUGGGAAACUCGAGGAACUACGAUUUCAAGAGAGAAUACUAUUAUGUAGGAAGAACGAACUAGCUAAAUUCCUUAUAGACUGCUCGGGUUUAUUAGCUACAACUCUCCUCAUGUUCAUGAAUAACAAUUUUUUAGCCUGUGCAGGCAGGUACGGUGGCUCCCAUAGGACAUCUAAGAUGAGUCAAAAGGAACACGCAAAAAUAGUUCCCAGGUGCUAUAUAGCGAACAUAACAAUUACAACUGUUUAUUAUGGAUUAUCAUGACGAUUACGUUGGCAUACGCUACGCAGUAUAUGUGAAUUGACGCUGGCCUCUCGCAAGCAAAUUUCACACCGUUGACAGGCAUCUCCGGGUGUAAUUUCGGUUUAACACCGAUGCAGUUCAAGUCUUUUCACUCUGAAUUUAAACUAUUUGUUUACUUUAGCUUUUUAAAUUAUGAAGGAAAAAAAUGCUAAAACAUUUUCAACAAUGUCUACUCUUCUGAUUUAAAAAAAAAAAGUGCUUUAUUUUUUUACAUUGCCUUUGAAUGCUCUCUAAUGCUAGUGUUACCUGAGGUGUCAUGUUACAUGUUUAAUGAAACUUUGUAAUCUUGAGUUAUCAUCUAUGGGCUCUAGUGUUUAUAUCAUUAAGCCCAGACAGACAAAGAACAUCUGUGUUUUACCUUAGAAGAGAAUGAUGCACUUUUUUUUUUACACGGUACACAGUUUUUAAAUAAAGAAAUUACCUGAA